AUGCAAGGAUGGCGUAUAAGCAUGGAGGACGCGCAUGCUGCUGUCCUUGACCUACAAGCCGAAGUCGAUGGCAAGCAGCAGUCCUUAGCCUCGCCCGAAAAGCGCAUGGCCUACUUUGGUGUCUACGACGGGCAUGGUGGAGAGAAGGUCGCACAGUUUGCUGGUGAAAAUAUACAUAAGAUCGUUGCGAAACAGGACGCCUUCUCCAAAGGUGACAUAGAACAAGCAUUGAAAGACGGGUUUCUUGCUACGGAUCGAGCUAUCCUCAGUGACGCAAGAUAUGAAGAUGAAGUGUCCGGUUGUACUGCUUCCGUUGGCAUUGUGUCGCGAGAUAAGAUCUGGGUGGCAAAUGCUGGAGAUUCGAGAACAGUACUUGGUGUCAAGGGCAGGGCCAAGCCAUUGUCCUUUGACCACAAACCACAGAACGAAGGGGAAAAGGCCAGGAUUAGUGCUGCUGGCGGAUUCGUCGAUUUUGGACGUGUCAAUGGCAAUCUAGCUUUGUCGCGUGCUAUAGGAGAUUUUGAGUUCAAAAAGAGUGCCGACUUGGCGCCAGAACAGCAAAUAGUUACAGCAUUUCCGGACGUUGUGACUCACGAGAUCUCAGAAGAUGACGAGUUCCUUGUCAUUGCAUGUGACGGGAUUUGGGACUGUCAAUCGUCCCAAGCAGUUGUCGAAUUUGUACGACGGGGUAUCGUUGCCAAGCAGGAACUUCAGCACAUCUGCGAAAACAUGAUGGACAACUGCUUAGCUUCCAACAGCGAAACUGGCGGCGUGGGCUGCGACAAUAUGACCAUGAUUGUCAUCGCUCUUCUCCAUGGCAAGACAAAAGAAGAAUGGUACGACAUGGUUGCGAAGCGCGUGGCGGACGGAGAUGGGCCCUGUGCACCGCCAGAAUAUGCUGAAUUCCGGGGCCCUGGUGUACGCCAUCAGUUUGACUCAGAAGGUCCAGAUGACUACGAUCUUGACAUACAUCGAUAUAGGGGUCGAAAUGGUAGGAUAAUCUUACUGGGAGAUGGAAGCGAGGUUUUGACCGACUCAACAGAUGACCCGGACAUGUUCGACCAUAGCAUGGAUGAUCAGAGCGACGAAGAAGUCAAAAGCAAGCAAGGCAGCACUACAACCGACGAGAGCGAUACGCAAAGGUCGGCACGCGAAGGCACACCAGGAAAGGACGAGCAGAAAAAAUCUACAGGGUCUGAGAUGCAGGUAAAAGGCGUCCAGGACAGUCCCUGA